CAUAGCUGCAAUUGAGUUGUACCUUAAUCCCGUUCUUUCAGUCAUUUUCUGAGUCUGGUGAUAUAUAUACACGGUAUAUCUAUUUGUAGCCAAGAAGCAAUAUCACUGGACUCAAGAGAACGGCAGGAAGAGCAAAAGAAUGGUAAAACAUAAUUAUUUAACUUGAGGGGAGGUGUAAAAUGACCCAAUUUCCAAAAAAUGUUGAGCUGUUCAUGUAUUAAUUUCUGGUUUGCGGUUAUUUCUUGCUUUCAGUCCUUGACACUCCUAUAGGGCUAUGUACUGUAUGUGUAACCGAGGUGUUCCAUCGCAGUUCGUCGCCCUCGGGGUCUCGAACUCGCCACCGCCUCGUCAACGCAUCGGUUCGGGUAUGGGAGGCACAGCUCGAUACCGCUGAGCUAAAGGACCGGGCCGAUAGCCCAACGCCACCGAUACUGUAUAAAGCUUCAGGAGGGAGGUUAACUAACGUUCCACACCACACUCUGCUAGUUGGCCCCUCUUACAUAUGCUCCCACCAAUGUAUAUGUAACAUGUUGGACUGCCCCAGAUUUCAGAAUGCAGUACUGGCAUCUGUGGGUGAAGCUGUGUUGGGACAAGAGCGAUGCCUAGGGGUAGGAGCUGAAUUUGACACACGGCAACACCAUGCCUAGGAAUGAACAAUACUCCACCCAUCCCAUCCCACCCCACCGACCCCCUCUGAGGGGUACAAAGCCACAACUCCCAUUGUGGUGCAAGUCAAAAGCACCUCAACCUAGUUUAAUCCCUUUGGCUAGAGUUGCUGACACGGGACAACCCUUUAAAAUAGCAUGGCCCCAUUGGACAGAACUGUCUCCCACAAUCCCAGUGUCGUUUCUCCCCUUGCGCUACUACUACGCUAGCACGUGUAACCCUUUUCUCCCCUGAGAUACGGCCAGCUGUUGAGCAAACCAUUCUGGAGCAUCCUUAGCAGGUGACCAAAGGAGACAGAAGGUAAGCACAGCUACUGUUCUUUAUGUGUGUGUAUAUGUGAUGGAUUUCUCUACUCAAUGUGUCCCAUGAAGAGGCCAAGAGUUUGUGUAAACAGAUUUGAAAGUAGUGUAUUAUAUGACAUUGUAUGGAAUCACUGCUUAUCGGCCAUGUAUUUAGUUAAACUAUAAUUUACCUUUUGUUAAUUUGGGCUCCUUUUGCCCUGUUAUUUACUCUCUUUUUUGUAUGCUGAGCUGUUAAUACCUGUAGACUUCAUAUGCAUAGAGUGAUAACAAAAGGUCUCCUAUUCCAGCUUGAACUGGACACCUAUUGUUUUGAAGAUACAUAUCGUAUCUGAGCCAUUGUUCCUCUGAAGCCGGAAGCCACCAUGACUGAGAGUGACAGGGAGCUGUCUGCCAUGGUGCAGUCUCUAUGGGAUAACGACGCCAACCGUCUGCAGCCGGGCAAGGACUACCGCAUCUCCCUGCAGGGCAAAGCGGGAGAUGUUAUGUCUGUGAAUGACGACCAAGAUGGUGCUGGGUCUCCUUUGUUCACAUUUGUUGAUGAAAACAUUUUCAAAAAGGAGACUUUCUUGGCUUUCAUCUCCCUGCUGGACAACUACGAGAGUGACACCGGAGAGCCUGAGAUCGUCACCCCGGAGGAGGAGGCAGAAAACCACAAGUUCCUGGACUCCAUGCUGCGGACGUCCACCAUGAAGAUAGUUCAUAAGUACCUAGCGGAGAAGCGUCUUUCCCCUGAAGAUGUGGAAGGAUUCAAGAAGCAGCUUUAUCGCAUCUGGUUCGAGCUCUACACGAGGAAGGGCUCAAGCUCAAGCAAACCAGACUCCUCGGGAUUUGAGCAUGUGUUUGUUGGGGAGACACGUGGCAAGCGCACAGUCAUAGGCUUUCACAACUGGAUCCAGCUCUACCUCCAGGAAAAGCUUGGACACAUCGACUACAAAGGCUAUAGUGCUAUGGCAAACUCUCCUCAACCCGACGAGAACAAGCACAUCCUGGCACUGCAGUUCUGCUGGAAGAACGGCUUCAAGCCCAAAGGCAGCAUCUUCAUCGGCGUCAGCCCGGAGUUCGAGUUUGCCCUCUACACCCUGUGCUUCCUCACCUCACCCAACCACGAGAGGGUCAAAGUAUCCUUCAGCCUCUACGAAGUGGAGAUCGUAUGCCAUCACUACAACCAGAAGCACAUAGGAACCACCUAUCCUGUUCUGUUGAAGUACCAGACAGCCAGAGGAACAUGAGGACCCCAUAUCUGACAAGUCACAGAUGGCCAAGUGUCAAGAACAUUGUUUUUAUAUUUUUACUGAAAAUAAAUGCAGUGAACCCUU